AUGAGCUCUAACAAGAGCAUCAAAUUCCUCCCCUCCUCUCUUCUAUUGAACUUCGUCUUUUUCACCCUAGUCAACUGUUCACUUACAACUGUUCUUCAAAAUCCACCGACAUCUUGUCCGAGAAGUAAACUACAAUUGACAGCAUGUGUUAAUCCGCUUGGUGUUCUAGUCCUAACCAACAUUCAACAACCAAUUUCUCAACAAUGUUGUUCUGUUCUUAGUGGCCUUACUUAUGUUGAACUCACUGCUUGUCUUGGCCCUCAAGUUUCUAUUUCUUUGUUGAUUAAGAUCAUAAAUGAUUGUGGCCUGAAUCCGCCACCUACACAACCCAAAACUCCCCCGCCGCCUCCUCCUACCCCUGGAAGUCCUCCACUACCACCUCCACAACCGGAAACUUCCCCGCCGCCACCUCCUCAACCCAAAACUCCCCCGCCGCCACCACCAAGCCCUGAAACUCCCCCACCACCACCUCCAAAGGCCCAAACUCCGCCACCUCCUACCCCUGAAAGUCUCUCACCGCCACCUCCACAACCGGAAACUCCCCCGCCGCCACCGUCAAGCCCUGAAAAUCUCCCACCACCACCUCCACAGCCCGAAAUUCCUCCGCCUCCACCAACUCCUGAAAGUCUCCCACCACCACCUCCACCGCCCGAAAUUCCUCCACCGCCACCUACCCCUGAAAGUCUCCCACCAGCACCGCCACCACAGCCGGAAAAUCCGCCACCUCCAACCCCUGAAAGUAUCCCGCCGCCACCUCCACAACCUGAAACUUCCACGCCCCCUCCACCUCAAACUCCCCCACCACCGUCUCCAACUCCUCCGCCGCCUCCUAGCUCUAUGCCAUCUUGUCCAACGAAUGUCACAGAAUUUAAAAAAUGUGCAAAUUUGCUUAAUCCAACUCAGACGAGCAACACAACUUCUCCUUCUUCAGAUGAAGAAUGCUGCCGUCUUUUUGACGGACUUCAGAACUAUGAUCUGGCACUUUGCGUUUGCAAAGCCAACAAGGCCAACGGCGUUGACACAUCACAUACUCUUGACAUGAGUUCCUUCCUUAAAGCGUGUAACAUCACCGCUCCAACCCAUCAACUUAAUUGUCCUCCUGAUGUUUAA